AUGGGGGUGAAUCCCUACGAAGCAGACCCCAAGCGGGUGCCGAAGAAGGAUCCAUACCUCAAUCGUAGUCCUCAUUAUGGGCGCUAUGCUCCUCAGGAUGACGAUUUUAACACCGAGUUUCGUGAUUGGCACAGUCCCGAAUCCGACAAGCAGCACGCUUACUGGACGGAAGUGGUGCGAAAAUACUGUAUACCGCAAAACUCAUUGCAUGUUGUCGGGUCUCGCGCUGCUUUUGCGGUUGGAAAGGUCAUAAUACGUGUGGAUGGCGACAGCGUGGAAGGCGCUGCGGCUGAGCGAUUCUCGCGUUUGAAUGCGAACGAAUUGAUUUCGUCAAGAAAGGCUCAAGGAAUGUUGAAGGAUUUGAACGUCGCUGUGCCUGUUAUACUCUUCUGUGGAACAAUUGACGGAAAGAAUAUCGUCGCCGAAACCCGUAUACCUGGAGUGUCCUUGGAGGUCGCGUGGAAUUACCUCUCAGAGGCUGAUAAAAAGAGCUUCAAGAUACAAUGCCAACAGAUCCUACAGCGUCUCUCUGGUGAUGAUGAUCACCCAGACGCCCCGUCAUAUGUAUGUGAAGGCCUCAAUACCGUGUCCCAGCCGGAUAUACCGGAUGUUGAGCACGAUAUUCUAUUUGCUCCGAGGGAAGUUGGCGAAGUACUGUCUCUCACACAUAAUGACAUGGUGCGAUCGAACGUUAUAGUCGACAACGGGCGGGUAGUUGCGAUAACUGGUUGGCGUCAAAGUGGUUUUUUUGGACACGACCGAGCGCAGAAAAUACAUCGUCUUCUUCGCAUACCCGAACGUUCCCAUAUCUUUUCAUCCGGCGAGAGAUCCACGCAAGACCAGGCGUGGGCUGACUUGUACGAUUCUCCUGCCCCGAACACAGAACCUGUGCAGGACACAGAUAGGGAGGCUAGGGUAAAGGCAGAGACUCCCGCAGCAAGUAUAGAGAAAAUCCCUGCGGCACAAUCUGUCGCUCAUACACCACAAUUUGAAAGCAUCGACGAACUCCCGACACCCAAGAAAAUUAGCGAUCUCAAGCGCGGAUCAAGUUCGAGGGCAUCAUCUAUGGACAGAUCAUCGCCCUCGGCUCCUUUAAACCCGUCGAAACUAGGGCCCAAUGCCCGAAAGUCGUCGUCCGUCUCAAUGAAGAAAGCCUCUAUCGCGACAAAAGUCACGCAAUCAAAGAAACGCAAAAUCGACAGCCUGGACACGGAAAGUGUUGAUGAGCGACGUUCCAACAGCCCUUCUUCUAAUAAAGGGCCGUCACUCAAGAAGCGUGCGUCAGCUUCAGUAACGGGGUCGCCUGCGCCUGAAAGUAAGAGGGGCAGACCAAAAAAGAAGAAGCCCGCUUCAGCGAAGCGGACUUCACAACAGCAGUCAGGAGUGCAAGAUGAUGAAAGCGACGUCGAGAAUCCCGAUGAACUUUUUUGUAUUUGCCGCAAACCUGAUAAUCACACAUGGAUGAUCGGCUGUGAUGGUGGCUGUGAAGAUUGGUUCCAUGGGAAAUGUGUUAAUAUCAAACAAGAAGAUGAAGAGCUGAUUGAUCGAUACAUAUGUCCCAAUUGCAAGGAGGGUGGAAAAGGCCAGACAUCAUGGAAACCGAUGUGCCGCUUAAAGGGUUGUAGAAAACCAGCGCGUGUAUCAAGACAGAAAAUCAGCAAAUACUGUUCCGAUGAUCACGGUCGCGAGUUUAUGCGUCAAAUGACAAAACAGCUUAGAUUGAAAGCUGCCAGCUCCGCUCCGACCCCGGUAGUCCUUGACCGAGUUCGAGGGAAGAGCAUUAAUCGAGAUAGUCGCAGCGUUGAUGGCGACGGUGAAUCGGCCAUGGAGACUAACGAUGAAGAUGAUGAGCACGAUCAUCGUGGUAGCAGGUUAAUGCCCGAGGAAUUGGGGAGUAGAGGUGGCGUCUUGACGGUUAGUGACUUGAAGGCCGUUAUCAUGGGGGUAUCGUCAUCAGCGGAAUUUCGACGACUAGGUGAUCGUCUGAUAACGCCGCCUCCGUCUAUCUCACCACCGGCGAGGAGAGUAGAGAAAAAGACACAGCAAGACGAUGAUGACUCCUCCUCCUCCUCCUCCUCCUCAGUUGAGACGAAGAAAGCAGUCCAAAAGGAUAAAAAGAAAAACAAAGAGAGUAAAGAAAUCAAAGCAAAAGACGAAGAAGAAGCGCCGCCGGAACAAGAAGAAGAUGAGGAAGAACUUUUCAACCGGAAGAAAAUGGGACUAGACAUCGAUCCACCGGGCGUUCACUACUCAACCGCUGAGGAGGCUAGACUACAGAAAUUGCGAGAACAGCGCGAUCAAUACAGACGCCAACGACAGAUGAUAUCACAACGCAAUCAAUUUCUGGACCUUGUACGAGCGCGGGCAAAAGCGGUUCUCGAUCGCCUGAAAGCAAAGGAGCCAAAGGGUGGGUGGAAAGACAUUUGCGGCUGGGAUGCGCGCAUGGCCUGGAACGAGGAAGAACUCGACGACUGGUUUCAUGGAACGGAAGCAGGUCGAAAGGCGUUUGAGGAAAACAAGCUAGAAGCUGAACCAAUCGAGAACCUCGUGGCCAGUAACGGCACCGCCACAACUGACGAAGACGAUGAUGAUGAAGACGACGGCCAGCACAACAAAAAUAAAAGCAGCAAAAAUAAUAGUGACACCGAGUUCGCUGAAUUUUCUCGCGGAGUAUGCACCAAGAAGCGAUGUGACCGGCAUAAGCAAUGGGUCAAGAUAGUCCAGCAAGAUAUCCAAUUCGAGGAAGCCAUGCUGAAAAGCGAAUUUGAAGCCUGCGAGAAAGAGGCUAAUGCGAUUGUUGAAGGCGCUAUAUUGAGGAUACAUGCUAGCUGA